AUGAGAUCGAAAGAGAUUAGGCGUGACUAUGUAGUUGACGUGAAGGGAUACUUGAGCAAAGAGAGAGGACUACAGGAGCUUGAGCUUGAUGGUUCGGUUCUUAACCAAAAGUUUAUAAAGAUUGUUGAAGGCUCACCUAAAUCCACUCUUAGUAGGUUCUCUUGGAAAGAGGAAGAAGUGGUUAAAAAAGAAGAGUAA